AUAGGCGAAGGUUGACAUGUGUCGUGUCCAUGGCCUUAUACUGCGAUUCAAAUCAUCCUUUUGUUCCUCUCCCCUCCAUUUUUACCUUCCACUUUGCAACCUCUCAACCAAACGUUAUCUUUCUACGCAUACCCUUUACUUCUAAAUUCUUGCUUUUUCUUUUCUUCCAUAGGCAGUGAUAGUGCCUUCUGUGCUGCCAUGGCUGUCACACAGUUCAACCCCACUUCCCAAAAACCUCACUUUCGCUCAUCUCAGCUCUCCUUUCUAUCAAGGUCUCUCCCUAGACACCGCCACUGUGCUUUUCCAGGGGUUCACAGAACUCAACGUGCUAGGAUUUCUUGCUCUGUUGCGCCAAAUGAAGUGCAGGUGCCAGCUGUGAAAACCGAGGAUCCCAAGAGUAAGCCUGAUUGCUAUGGUGUCUUCUGCCUUACGUAUGAUUUGAGGGCUGAAGAAGAGACAAGAUCCUGGAAGAAAUUAAUUAACAUUGCAGUCUCAGGUGCUGCGGGAAUGAUUGCAAAUCAUCUACUUUUCAAGAUUGCAUCUGGUGAAGUUUUUGGUCCAAAUCAACCUGUUGCUCUGAAAUUAUUGGGAUCAGAAAGGUCAAUCCAAGCUCUUGAAGGUGUUGCAAUGGAACUGGAGGACUCUUUGUUUCCUUUGUUGAGGGAAGUAAGUAUUGGUAUUGAUCCUUAUGAGGUGUUCCAAGAUGCAGAAUGGGCUUUGCUAAUAGGUGCAAAGCCUCGAGGUCCUGGAAUGGAGCGAGCAGACUUGUUAGACAUAAAUGGGCAGAUUUAUGCAGAGCAGGGAAAAGCAUUAAAUGCUGUGGCAUCCCGCAAUGUCAAAGUUAUAGUAGUGGGAAACCCUUGCAAUACAAAUGCAUUAAUAUGCUUGAAGAACGCUCCUAACAUUCCUGCAAAAAAUUUCCAUGCUUUAACUCGCUUAGAUGAGAACAGGGCAAAAUGUCAGUUAGCCCUCAAGGCAGGUGUCUUCUACGAUAAAGUGUCAAAUGUGACGAUAUGGGGCAACCACUCAACUACUCAGGUCCCUGACUUCCUAAAUGCUAGAAUUGAUGGUUUGCCGGUCAAAGAAGUGGUUAGGGAUCACAAGUGGUUGGAGGAAGAGUUCACUGAAAAGGUUCAAAAGAGAGGUGGUGCGCUUAUUCAAAAAUGGGGAAGAUCAUCAGCUGCAUCAACUUCUGUGUCAAUUGUUGAUGCCAUACGAUCUUUAAUAACUCCUACUCCUGAGGGUGAUUGGUUUUCUUCUGGUGUAUAUACCGAUGGAAAUCCUUAUGGAAUAACUGAGGGUAUUGUUUUCAGUAUGCCAUGUCGAUCAAAGGGUGAUGGUGAUUAUGAACUUGUCAAAGAUGUUAUAUUUGAUGACUACCUCCGAAAGCGAAUAGCUAAGACAGAAGCUGAGUUAUUGGCUGAGAAGAGAUGUGUGGCUCACCUAACAGGCGAGGGAAUUGCUGUUUGUGAUCUACCUGGUGAUACCAUGCUUCCAGGAGAAAUGUAACAAUCCAAUCUCCUUAAUGCCAAAGCAGAUAUAAGAUAUUGAAAUGGGUCCUUUGUACCAGUGUUGAAAGGUACUAGUUAAGGAAUCAAUAAAUAAAAUGUUAUUUUGUUGAAAAUCAUGGUAGGUGAAUGUUAUAUUUUCUCAUUUUUGAUUCCUUAACAAGUGUCUUUACCAUAUCAGGUAACAUUCUCUUAUUGAUAAUAAGAUCACACUAAUUGAUGUAGAA